CUCAGAAUCGAAAAGCCUCGAUGGACUCGCCUGCUGACUCCACCCCUGCACCACCGGCCGCUGUGGCAUCUCCUACUGCCAAUCCAGCCGAGAAGCCCGUAGCCAAGCCCACACCUGUGGCGACGCCUGUCCCUGUUGCUGUCCCUGUAGCUGCAGCCGUCGCGUCUUCAGAGCGAACGAAUUUGUUGCCCGGUAGUGCCAGCGAGUCCGCCAUGAACAAGUUCAAGCAAAUGGAGAUCGAACGUAUCAACGGAUAUCUUCGCUUGAUCAACUUGCUCAUGGGGUUCUUGCUGGGCUGGUUGGGCUUGUACCAUUUCUACCAUUUGGACUCGUACAAAGGAUUCAUGUCGUCGUUAUUCAUCACGGUCCAAGCCUUGCUCAUCAUCUUGUUUGAACUCCGCGAGAACUUCCCGAACGCGUCCAAAAUCGUCCAAGACUACUUGGGCUUCAUGUACACAGCGUAUGGUCGUGGUGCCUUGUUCCUGGUGAUCGGGACGUGGUGCCCAACGCAAGGUCCUUAUGGAAUUGCGGUCGGCGUGUGCUUUUGCAUCUUGGCCCUCGUGAACUUUUUUAUCAUUCUCCAGCAUCCAGGAUAUAAGAACGCCAUGUCCGUGCGCCGCAUCCGCGUGGAAGAGCAGAACGAAGAAGUUGCGCACUAUGGCGCGACCCCCGAGAAGGCCGUGUAGAUGCUAAUUUACGUACCCAUUGCCUUCAUAAGGUGCAUUGCCUCGUGUUCUUUCGCC